CGCACUCGGUGACAGCAGAGUAUUGAUAAUCUCUCCAUCGGCUUUAACAUCCAAAAAAAUUGGGUUUGUUGAUCAAAAUAUACAGACAUAAAAAUACUCGAUGCCUGGCAGCUUCAGUGACAGCGGUAGCUGCGAUCAAGCAAGUAUACUUGAUUUCACGGAUGUCGAUCUCUGCAAAGCAAACGGAGCAAAAACGGGCAAUGGCCAAGAAGAAAAACAAGUUCGAUUGCGUCUUAGUUUGGACGAAAUAUGUCAUCGUACUAGUUUCACUCGCAAGGAAGUGCGCCAAUUCUAUCGGACACUGAAACAGGAAUGCCCGCUCGGAGUUAUCACCGAAGAAACGAUGCGAGACGCUUAUCACCGCCUUUUCCCCAACGGAAACGUAGGAUUGUACGUGAAACAUGUUUUCCGAACCUUAGACACGCAAGGCAACGGCAAGAUAACUUUCACGCAACUGCUCGUGUUCUUAUCGACCAUCAGUAAAGGGACCCAUCUUGAUCGUUUGAAAUGGAUAUUCCGGUUGUACGACCUCGACGGUGACGGAGCGAUUCAGUAUUCGGAACUCCUAACUCUAUGCUGUGCAACGCACGACCUUGCUGGAACACCUGAAAAACGAAUUUUUCAUGAAACGAAGAAAUCGGGCAAGGACGAAAUAUUCAUCGAAAGCGAAAAAGAAAGAAAACUACGUCAAGUCAAACUUUGGGUGGACAAAGUCUUCCGACGUUGGGAUUUAAAUCAAGACGGUCAGGUUACGUUGGACGAGUUUCUUGCGAUUCAUUUAAAUGACGACCUUCUAGAAACUUCAUUUCAUUCGUUCGACGACCUGUAAUACAAAAAAAAAAAAAAAAAACGUUUAUACUUCUAUCCUAAAGGACUCUACUUUGAAAAUGACUUAUGAGGACGACGCGUGUGCCAAGAACGUAUUUCUAUAAGGUCCUUCUUUUCCCCAACAUUUGAUUCAUUGGGCCUUUCGUUGGUUUGUCGCACACGUUGAUCUGUAUUGGCAAUGACGUGGCUAUUCCGCAAGACGUGAAAAUCGAAUCUCAAAGAUCCACAGCAACAUUGUUAACAGAGUUUUAGUUUCUUGCUCCAACGAAUUGUUUCAAUAGUCACCCCAGAUUUGUCAUAAUUGUGUGUCUGCAAGCUAUCAUAGAUUCAAUCGCAUCUCUACUGGUAGACUACAUUGAUAACGUUACAAGGCCAAGUCUCACAGUUUUUUUUUUUAUUUCGACAAUAACUGUAUUUUCGUUUAACCAAUCUAUUUAUAAUAUUCACGUGUGUGAAGCAGCCUCACUGGACUGGUUGAACCAGUUACUUCCAAGA